GCAUGUUUGGAUUUUUUGUUCUUUGCAAUUCGUGUUUUUUCCAGUGUUUUCGGAACUUUGACCUCAUUCUCUGGAUAGCUUGGUUGGUGGUGGUGUAUCCCUUGCCUCUUUGUGAUAAUGAGCAGUGGGGUGAGAGGAAGUUUGAUGGAACAUAGUAUGUAAAGUUUGUGCAAGCUAUAAAUUUUAAGAUUCUGUGUUGCCUAGAUUGUGAAUUUGGGAUGGAUGAAGUUUCUGAGAGUGCAGCUUUCAUUGUUUUGAAAUUUGGGUUGAGGGUGAAUUUGUAUUUUAGGAGCGAUAAUUCAUAUCACUAUGGUGAGAAAGUGUGUAGAUAUCUGCGACUUAAUUUGAAGCCUGAUGAUUUAUUCUAUGAAAGUUUAAAAAGAUAAUUAAAUGGAUGGAAUGAAUAUUCAUAAGAAGUAUACCUCCCGUUUAUUAGAAAGAUGGAUAUUAUAUUGGCAUAAGUUUUUAAGCAUUAUCCUUUCGUCAUCUCCCGAUGUGGCAUCAAUGAUUGGCAUGUGAGUGAAAAAUAACAAAAUCUUCCAAUCAUUUGAUGCCACUUGAAAGGACGAUGAAAGGCUUAUUAUUAAAGAGUAACACUGCAUGCUACACUCCCAUCCCACUUUCAUCCAACAACAUAAAAUGUGUCACUUUCAUCACUCUUAGAUCAAGCCUUAUUUUUAAAAAAGAAAAUUCAAAGGCUGAUGAGCAAUACUAACUCGUCAUAGUGGGAUGAAAGUGUGGUAUGUAGAAUUUUUCAUCAUUAAAAGGCUUAUGAGCAACAUUUCUCUUAUUAACUAUGAUAGUGCUCAUCAAAGGCUCUGUUUGUACAUAAGGUUUGAAUCCGACUGUUGAUGGUAUGACAUGCAAUCUGGUAGGAAAUAUAAAGGAGUAAUUGGUAUUUUGGUGAUUGUUUGAGAUAAAACCAAUGCAGUGACUUCAUGCUACAAUUCCAACUUUUUGACAAGCUGUCUUGUUUGUAAUCCUCAAAUUUUAAUUAUGAACUAACCAUUUUGCACUCUUCAUUACUUAUAAUCCUGCAUUUCCACACAUUUUAUAGGUGAUAUUGAUUAUCUGGAUUGAUUAAAAUCUAUGUCCCAUAGAUCUGUAGGGUAUAACUGAUGUUCAUAUAAUGUAAUGGCUGAAAAAAAUGAAAAAACAUGUAUGCAUAAUUAUGCGAAUUUUGGACUAUGCAACCCCGAUGAUGACAUGUCAUGAUUACAAGUGGAAGGACCAGUUCCCAUUCACUAGAAUGGGAACUAAUGGACAGGUUGCUUCUGCUGACAAGUUCCACGGUGGUUAAACUCAUCUACCUAGUUGAAGAUCUUUUCGACCCCCUCUCGUCUUAAGUUGGAAGUACAAUUCAUGAAAUCUCGCUUUGGUGUAUGCUUGAGGUUAUCCUGCUGGUUAUAUCUAUGAAGGGAGAGGCAAGUAUAUCAUGUUCGCAGCCAGAGAAUGGUUUUCCCAAUUCAUUUUCUCUCUUCUCGGAGAAGGAAAUUGAUGAACUUCUUCAACCUUCAGUUCAGGGGACUGAUGACCACCUUAUAGAGUUCUCAGAAGCUAUGAGAACUGUUGCAAAGGCCUUAAGACGUGCUGCUGAGGGAAAGGCUUCUGCUCAAGCUGAGGCAGCUGAAUGGAAGCGUAAAUAUGAACUGGAGAGAGCACGGAAUAUGCUGGAGUUUAAAGAGGAGUCACCUGGAGAGUAUGGUGGUGAUUUUGAUAAUGCAAGAAUGGGGAACUUGGUCAACCAAUCAGCAUGGUGCAACGAAGCAAAUGGUCAAUUUGAAAAGCCUAAUGGGAGGAAUGGAAUUUGCUCCCAUGAAGUUCUUCAGGAUGGGGAACCUGUUUUUGAUUCCCAGAUGAUUAGAAAGGCUUCAUUUAAACUUUCAUGGUGCUGCAAAGGUGAACAAAGUGAUCAGCACAAACAUGAUAUUGUCUCUUUUGAAAGAGGCAAUAUAACUACUGCAGAACGCAGCAGUAAGCAGAUCUCUUUGAGGUGGGAAUCAUGCCCACGAACUGUGCUCGUUUUGACCAAACCAAAUUCAAUUUCUGUUAGAAUUCUGUGUGCAGAAAUGGUCAGAUGGUUGAGAGAGCAGAAAAAGUUGGAAAUAUAUGUUGAGCCACGCGUACGAGUUGAACUUCUAACAGAGUCAUCUUACUUCAAUUUUGUACAAACGUGGAAAGAUGAGAAGGAAAUUUCGCUCCUGCAUACAAAAGUUGACCUUGUAGCAACUCUUGGUGGGGAUGGAACAGUCCUUUGGUUAUUAUCUACUCAUGUUCAGGCAGCAUCCAUGUUCAAAGGACCGGUUCCUCCAAUUGUUCCGUUUUCUUUGGGGUCUCUUGGCUUUAUGACCCCUUUCCACACUGAACAUUACAGAGAAUGUCUUGACUCUGUUUUAAAGGGUCCAAUUAGUAUCACAUUACGGCACCGUUUGCAGUGCCAUGUUAUUAGGGAUGCAGCCAAAAAUGAGUAUGAAACUGAAGAACCAAUACUUGUUUUGAAUGAGGUUACAAUUGAUCGUGGAAUAUCGUCAUACCUCACAAAUUUGGAAUGCUAUUGCGACGACUCCUUUGUCACUUCUGUGCAAGGGGAUGGGUUAAUUUUAUCGACAACCUCUGGCAGUACCGCAUAUUCAUUGGCAGCUGGAGGAUCAAUGGUCCAUCCGCAGGUCCCUGGCAUCCUUUUUACACCAAUUUGCCCGCAUUCAUUAUCCUUCCGGCCUCUGAUAUUACCUGAGCAUGUGACAUUGCGAGUGCAAGUACCUUUCAAUAGCAGAAGCCACGCAUGGGCAUCAUUCGAUGGUAAGGACAGGAAACAGCUUGCCCCAGGAGACGCUCUUGUGUGCAGCAUGGCACCUUGGCCUGUGCCUACAGCAUGUCUGGUUGAUUCCACCGAUGAUUUCUUUCGCAGCAUCCAUGAGGGCCUUCACUGGAAUCUAAGAAAGGUCCAAUCUUUUGACGGUCCCCGGGUUUUAUAACCUCCUUUCUCACCUUUAGUUUUUUACUGAUAAAGGAAAGCAUUUGUAGAGAGUAUUUACAUAUUUUCUAAUGCACACUGCUUAAUGGCAACAUAGGAGGGACCAAGGGAAAUCUGAUUUUUUUUUUUUUUUCCCUCUUUUCUUAUUGUACUUCCCCCACUAUGAAUGGGGUUCUUGAUGUUUAAUAUGCAAUUAGAAUCAUCUGAUGUCUGCCUAUGAUAUGAGAAACAGGCGAUAGAUGAUGUUUAUGAUAAGAUCAAAGAAAUUAAAUGUAAAGCUACAACUGUUUUUACCUAAUGAAUAAAUACAAGAAAAUCAA